AUGGACUUGAUCGCUUCUCACCAAGCAAACAAGAACCCUAAUACCUCCACACAAUUAACACCUCCUUCCUCAAGCCGGUACGAGAACCAGAAACGCCGUGACUGGAACACCUUCUGCCAAUACCUCCGGAACCACCGUCCUCCGCUCUCUCUACCGUCCUGUAGCGGCGCACACGUUCUCGAGUUCCUCCGCUACCUUGACCAGUUCGGGAAAACAAAGGUUCACCACCAAAACUGCGCCUUCUUCGGCCUCCCUAACCCUCCCGCGCCAUGCCCUUGCCCUCUCCGACAAGCCUGGGGCUCACUCGACGCCCUCAUCGGCCGCCUCCGAGCCGCUUACGAGGAGAACGGUGGCCCUCCCGAGGCUAACCCCUUUGGCUCACGCGCCGUCAGGUUAUACCUUCGUGAAGUCAGAGACUUCCAAGCCAAAGCUCGCGGCGUUAGCUACGAGAAGAAGAGGAAGAGAGUCAACAGGCCGAAACCUCAAGCGCUACCACAAUCGCAGCCGCCUCUGCCGCUUCAACAGCAACAGCAACCGCAGCAGCAGCAACCACAGCAAGGUCAGUCUGUGAUGGCUAAUUACUCGGGUGCAACUGUAUGA